UUUCAUGCUGCCAUUGCAUUGCUGGGCAUUUCCUUCCUUGUAAAUGGCAGACAGAGACAGUGAGAGUCCUAUUCUGGCUUAUGUGCUAGCCACUGGGACUCUCUUGGCGGCAGCUUGUCUGAUGUGUCUAUGCCUCAUGUGUUGUGCAAAAUGCCCAGAGUGGAGAGAGCGUAGAAGAUUAAAACAAGAGAAGGAAAGUUUAUUAAAGAACUGUAACAAAGUAAAAUAUUCAAUUAGUGAAGGUGCCAGACAGUCUAACCUUUGUGAUUCUUGUGCUGUGUGCUUAGAAGACUUCCUUGAUAGAGAGAUAAUAGUACUAUGUCCUUGUAGACAUGCUUAUCAUAAGAAAUGCCUUUGUGACUGGCUAUCUCAGUCCCCAUCCUGCCCUAUCUGUAAGGAAGGUGUUAGUUUGAAUGCUUCAACUGAGAAAACACCUUUACUGGCUUAAGGAGGCAUCAAUCAGCAACCAUAGCAUACUCACUCACACACAAAUACACUUUUACAAUGAUCUCUUUUUGCACGGUGGCUACACAGCCCUGGAUUUAUUAUUUUUAUGUAUCAUAGCAUUUAAUCCACUCAUCAGUUCAUUAAUCAUUUUUUCAUGUAAAUUAUCAUCAAUUUUAA